AUGGGGAAUAUGCAAUCUGGCAAUGAAAAUUGGAAUAUCAACGAUCUAGUUUUUGGUACCGUUGCAAAUGCUGUAACAACUGACGAAGUCGUUGCUGAAGUGAGUAAGUUACCUGCAAAGUAUUUUGGUGGUGAAGCGAUUGAAAAUGAUGCAUCCAUGCAUCAAUUACACAAUGAUCUUUUAUCAUUUGAUGAAUCAAUUAAAAGAAUCUUUCGAAGAAAAAAAACUAAACAAUCACAAAACAAUUUACCAGCACCCGAUGAAUAUGAUUAUGAAGAUCAAGAAUCGAUGCCAACUACAGAAUCAACUGAUACUAUGGUAGAUCAAAAUUAUCUUAAACCUACAUUUCUUGAUAGAAAUAUACCACUAUCAUCAAUAUCCGUAGCCGAAUCCAUGAAUGAUCGAGUCAAAAAUACGCAUAGAAUUAUAUGGAGAUGCACUAAUUGUACUGCAGAAAAUAAAAUUACUGAAUCUGCAUGUCGACGAUGUGGUUUAGCAGAAACAAAACUUUAA